UCUGUUUCUUCCACUUUGGAAAACGAGCGUGUGGACUUCCUUCCUUAUGAAGUGCCAUUACAAUGGAGCAGAGACUGACAAAGUCUGAAACUGAUGUGGAUUUAAAUCACAAGUGAAAGCACCAUGAACUUGCUGUGUUCUCCAGUCGUGAGUUUUAUGCCUGAAAACGGUUCUUAUUAUUUUUGUGCUGAAAGCUCUUCGCAUUAGGUUUUUUCGAAACCAGCUGAGGAAUGUUCAAGGACACUUUCAUGACACACGAUGCCAAAAAUUCUUCUCAGUGGAUGUUUGUUGACCAUUCUUGCCUUUUCUUGGCAUCCCCAAGUGUGUGUGAGCGAGUGUGCUCCUGCGGUGUUGGCGAGCCGUAAAAACCUGUACAUACCUGAAGGAGAGAGCGUGUCUCUGUCGUGUGAUGUCCUGCACUGUGAACAAAAUUGGACAGGAGGAUGGGGGAUGAGACAAGAACAUUUUACUUUCCUCACCCCGUCUCCACGAGUCCACCUGUCCAACAUUACCAUCACACACAACACCACACGCCUCCUCCUCAACAUCCAAAACCUCAACCAAUCAGAUUCUGGGGUGUAUCAAUGCAGCAUCUAUUGGAAGGAGACCAGCAGUCAGAGUCAUGUGGCACAGGUCAACGUGACUGCAGGGAGCUUUGAUCACUUCAUGCCUAAACCCACAGAGAGGAAACUUUAUUCCAGAUUUUUGGUUUGUGCUGCAGCCAGUUUGUGUUUUCCUCUAGCUCUCGCUCUGGCCUGCUGUUUCUCCUCCAAGCACCAGCCUGCACCUCCCAUCCCUCCUCCACGCUCCCGAAACAGCUCCACAGCUCGAGUUAAACCAAAAGCUGAGGUGGUGUAUGCGGCAUUGACUCUGGAUCAUCCGCAACAGCCGAGCACAACUCAAGCAAAGAUGCCAACGACAGCAGUCGUUUACUCCACACUGAACUUCUCCACAGCUUAAUCUUCUCAGGAAAACAUCUGGGGUUUUAAAUACUUUUAAAAUACUUUCAGGAUGUGAUUAAUUGCUUAUUCAACUCAGGAUACAGUAGCAACUGUUAUGUACAAUUUACCAGGUUACAAUUUACUGGAAAAUCAUUCAGAACAUCUUCUGAUCAAUCAGAAUUAAGAACUUAACAGCACUGUGGUAUUUCAGUUCAGAUCAUUGUUUCCUGUUCAGGUUUGAGGCACAAAGACUGUAAAGAAAUACUUUAGUUAAAAAUUAAAUGUACAGUUUUCCUCAUUUAAUCAGCCAAAACAUAUAUGCUUAUGUUUUGUUGGAUUCAGUUUACUUUUUUACUUCUGUAUUUAAGCUAUGAGGAUAAUUUUCCUCGCAAGUAAUAGAAGAUUAUGGCUACCAGUUUAGCAUUAUGCUAAUUGUCUCAAUUUAAUAUGUUGAGUAUCUCAGUCAGAUUAAUGUGCUUCCCAGCACAUUUUGUGGAAAAUGUGACUUGGAUCACAUAUGUAUUAUAAAUGAGAAUUUUUAUAAGCUGGCUAUAAAGCGUGAAAAGAAUGAAUGAAUAAAUAAAUAAAGCUCAAUACAACCCCGAUUCCAAAAAAGUUGGGACAA